AUGAGCUUACUAGAGGAGAUCUAAUAAGAAGUAAGAUUCUUGUUUGUAUCAUUUGUAUAGAUUACUAAUUACUUUCCAAAACUUACCAAUAAGUUACAAGAAUUAGGACAAUCAACAAUAACAAUUCAAUAACCAAACACAGCUUUAAAAGGAAUUCAAAUAAUCAUUUCAGUCCUUGACGACUUAUUUGGAAUUCUAUUAGAAAUACACACUUAAUAUGCCUAAUUAGAGGAAUAAUUAUAAAAGUAUGAAGGAGAGUGUAGAUCUCAUAUAAGGACAGAACAGAGACUCAAAAUUCAUUGUGAAAACAUUUAAGAACUCUACGAGUAGUAACUGAAUAUAGAGAAGGAUCAUAAAGCUUAAAUCUUGAGUUAUCAAAAGGAGAUUACGUAACUGAAGAAAGAUAUUGAGGAUAACAAACACUAGAAGAAUCAGCAAUUGCAACACAAAACUUAAUCAAUUAUAGACAAAAUAUUGUUGGAUCAAUAGAAAUAAACCAUUCAACUUGAUAUUAAAUCCAGAUCAAAUACAUUCCAUAACAAUUUUAUGAAUCUCAAUUAAUAAAAAUAAUCUAUGUGUCUUAAAACAAAUACCAGAAAAAACAGAAUGGCUACUGAAUACUAAGAUUAUUAAACAAAGUAAAUAUUGUAAGUAUACAACCAGUUCUAAAUAAUCGAUUGA